GCUGCCGCGGGUGCCCGCGCGGCCCCGAUCGCCCCGCGUAACGGGCCUCCUGCCCCUUGCAGGAUCCCCUGGUUCCAGUACCCCAUCAUCUACGACAUUCGAGCCCGGCCACGGAAAAUCUCCUCCCCCACCGGCUCCAAAGAUCUGCAGAUGGUGAACAUUUCGCUGCGUGUUCUCACGCGCCCCAAUGCUGCAGAGCUGCCCAGCAUGUACCAGCGCCUGGGCCUGGACUAUGAGGAGCGAGUCCUGCCUUCCAUCGUUAAUGAAGUGCUCAAGAGUGUGGUCGCCAAGUUUAACGCUUCACAGCUCAUCACUCAAAGAGCCCAGGUGUCUCUGCUCAUUAGGCGAGAACUGACAGAGCGAGCCAAGGAUUUCAGCCUCAUCCUGGAUGAUGUGGCUAUCACAGAGCUGAGUUUCAGUCGUGAAUACACAGCAGCUGUGGAGGCUAAGCAAGUGGCCCAGCAGGAGGCACAGCGCGCACAGUUUCUGGUGGAGAAGGCCAAGCAGGAGCAGAAGCAGAAGAUUGUUCAGGCUGAAGGGGAAGCUACAGCUGCCAAGAUGCUCGGUGAAGCUCUUAGCAGGAAUCCAGGCUACAUCAAGCUACGUAAGAUCCGAGCUGCUCAAAACAUUUCAAAAACGAUUGCUGGCUCGCAAAAUCGUGUGUAUCUUGCAGCAGAUAACUUGGUACUGAACCUGCAGGAUGAGGGCUUUACCAGAGGAAGUGACAGUCUCCUACUCAAACAGGGGAAGAAAUGAAAGAAACUGAAGCCUCCUGGAACCACCGGCGCUGACCAGCAGAAGAUAUGAGUGAGGAUCUUUGAACUCCCUCCACUAGCAUUGCCCUCAGUUUGAAGUUGUUAAUCCAGUAGCCAAAUUUGGUUCCCAUGCUCCAUCUGUGGUGAUCCAGUUAGGGGAUUGGGCUCUGCUACUAGGCAGCUGUAAUCCCUUUCUCACCCCACCUGUUAAAUUUGGGGAGGGGGCAAGGGUGCUUACAGGCAUUAGCCCCUGUGGAUGUAGUAAUUCACCUCUAAUCCUCAUUAAUUUUUAGAUUUCUGUGGGUAAAAUCAGAAUUUUUUUUGGCCAAGCAAGGAAGUUCUGCUGACAUCAGCACUAGGUUUUUUUUCUAGUAAAUUUUGUUUCUCUUUCACUCUUGGUUCCAAGAGAACCUAGGACUGAAUUCAGGAAAAUGUCAUUCAUUGGGUGCCUGUCACUGCUGGAAUAUCUGUUUGUGUCACUGUCUGCUCAGUGAUUCUUUCAAACAUUUGUAAAAAUUAAAACCCCUGAAAUUUAUACUGUGUCUUAAGUGUGCUUAGUGUCAGAAAAAGAGGUUAUUUUGCAUAGGGGGAGGUGGAACAGAGCUUCUGUUUGGUUGAAGGCAGAAUCAGGAGGUUGUGGGGAAGGGCGCAAGGGAAAUACCCUCCUGCUUGCUGAGAAAUCACAGGGUGGGGAGAGAAUAAUCAGGUGUGGGUGCUCAUAUAGCUGCACAGGUGACCAGGGCUGGUUUAGCUGCCUAUAGAUACCCAGAUCCCUUUCUGCAGGGCUGCACUCUUGGUCUAUAUGUGCAUCCAGGAUUACACAACUCCAGGUGCAGGAUCUGGCAUUUGUUACUGUUAAAUUUUGUGUGGUUGGUGAUUACCCAGCAUGCUAAUCUAUCAGGAUCUCUCUGUAAGGCCUCUCCAUUCGAGGGAAUCAACAGCUUUUCCUAAUUUGUUAUUGUUGGCAAGCUGAGUAUGCACUCAGCUCCUGUGUCUAGGUCAUUGAUAAAAGCUUUGAAGAGAACUGGCCCUGAAAUGGAGCCCUGAGGCACACCACUAGUGGCUGGCCACCAGCUAGAUGUUACCCCAUUUACUGCGAGUCUUUGAGCCCGACUCAUUAGCCAAUUGUUCACCGAUUGUAUUGUAUGCCUGUCUAGCCA